AUGGCAUGUGGCAAGGCAGAAUGCAAUGUGACCCACUGUCCCACUUUGAAAUUUGAUUGCAAACUUGGAUAUGAACCAGUAUACCAUAUUCAUGAAGACAAGUGUUGUCCAAGUUACAAAUGUGAGUCUAAGCCAGUGUGUGUAUUCAAUGACACUGAGUACAAGCCAGGAAUGGUUGUUCCUCAGGACCCUUGUGAGAACUGUAAAUGUACUAAUGAAACUGAUCCAUCAACACAGCACAAAGCUAUCAAGUGUACUCCCAUCAAGUGUGAUUCUCAUUGUCCACCGGGUUUUAAGUAUAAGGAAGUGAAAGGACAAUGUUGUGGGAAUUGUACACAGGUUGACUGUAUAAUUGAGAUCCCAAAUAAACCACCAAUAAUCCUCCAGCCUGGAGCUGCAACAUCAGAUUCAAAGAACAAUUGCACGAAAUAUGAGUGUGAGAAAGUAGGAUCUCACCUUGUUUCAAACAUCUAUCAUCAAAGAUGCUCCCACCUGGAUCCUGAUAACUGUGAACCUGGAACAAUACAUAUGGACUCAGAUGGCUGUUGUAAAACAUGUAUUCCAAAGACAUGUACAGUUUCUCAAACCACAACCUAUAUCAACCAUCAAGGAUGUCGAUCUAAAGAAAAAGUACCAAUGACUUACUGUGAAGGGCGGUGUUUGACGUAUUCUAU